AUUCAUGGCACAUACUUUAGCUGAUCUUGAAGCAUUGAUGUUGAAUAUUAGACCCAGUAAUGUGGAAGUAGUGGCUGUGAACUCUGUUUUCGAGCUUCACCGUGUGUUUUCCAUUCCAGGAGCAAUUAAAAAAGUGCUGGAUUUAAUAAAAGAAUUAGAACCGAAGAUUGUGACCAUCGCAGAACAAGAAGCGAAUCACAAUGGGAGUGUCUUUAUAAACAGGAUUAGCGAAGGAUGGCAUUACUAUUCAACAAUGUUCGAUUUGCUGGAGAAUGCAGAUUCGAUUAAUCCCAACACUCUAGACAUAGUGAUGGGGGAGCAGUACCUAGGGCGGGAGAUCUAUAAUUUGGUGGCUUGCGAAGGGACUAAGCGAGUUGUGAGACAUGAGACGCUGAUUCAAUGGCGAGAGAGAAUUAACUCAGCAGGGUUCAACCUGGUUCCCCUGGCUUCAGAUACUUACAAACAGGCAGCCAUGUUAUUGGCCUCGUUCCCAAAUGCAGAGGGAUUUAAAAUAGAAGUGAAAGAUGGGUGUCUUAUGUUGAGUUGGCAUAGUCGCCCGCUCAUUGCCAUCUCUGCUUGGCGUCUAUGUCACCAAGUAUAGGGAGUCAGUCAAUGAGUGAACUCAUUGGAGA